AUGAGUAGUGAAAGACGUGAACAAAUUUUGGCUGAUUUUAUAGAAUGUACAGGAUUGGAAAAUGAAGAAGAAUGUAUUGCUAUUCUUGAACAAUAUCAAUGGAAUUUAUUGAAUGCUGUACAGGCAGUACAUGAUCGACUUGGAGGUGGAAAUGAUACAAAUAUUGAACCAACAAUACCUAAACAUUCAACAACAACAUCAUCUCAUCGUUCAACAACUACAAAACAAUCACCAGUAGUGAAAAAACCGAAUCAUAUUAGUAACAAUCAUAAACGUUAUUCAGAUUCGGAUGAUAAUAAUGAUUCAGAUGAACCACGUAUUAUUAGAAGUUUGCCAGGUGGUCCAAGAACAAGCAAAGGAACAAGUGGAGCGACAAAUCGAGGACCAGCUCGUGAACUUCGUUUUACAAUUGAAUAUAAGGAUCAUACAGAAUGUAUUACAAUUUUUGAUAGUGAAAGUAUUCGUCAAUUACAAUCAAAAAUUGCCGAAAAAUUACAUGUUCCACCAAAUCGACAAAAGUUUACUAAUUGGACUUCAAAGCACUAUGAUGAUCAGACAAUCUUAAAGGAUCUCAAUUUACCUAAAGACAAUACUAUCCAUCUUAUAGCAACAGCAACACCAAUGACUAAUGGAGCUACUCGAACAUCAUCAUCAUCAACAACAACUCCAACUACCUCGACUCGAACUUCUCGUCAUCCAACAACACCACCAAAAAAUUCCUCAACAAUAGCAAGUACUUAUUUUCCAAUAACGGUGCUAUAUGAAGAUAAAUCCGGCAAAUCAACACCGUAUGAACUUGUUUUAAAACCAACCACAACAAUAGGCGAAAUGAAAAAAGAAAUUGAACAUGUAACUCAUUUACCAACUCGACAACAAAAUUGGACUGGUUUAUUCGGCGCAAAAGAUUCAGAUCAAUUACGUCAAACAUCCAUUGGCCGUAAAGCUCAUCUUAUUGUACGUAAAAUCGAACCAUCAUCAAAUCAAAGGAUACCAAUAAAUAGACCUGAUGUAAAAAAUUCAACAUUGAUCAAACAUGAAAGUGAAGAUGAAACUAUGGAUACUGAUCAUGUAAUUGAUUUAGAAAAAUUUGAUGAUGAUGCGAAUUCUCUACCUCAACUUUCAAAUACGACAACUGCUACUAAUAUCACAUCAAAUCGAGAAUUACUGAUUCCUGAUCGUUGUACAGACGAUAUAGUGGGUCUUGAACAUUUUUCACGUGUAUUUCAUGCACGUUUUGGUUCAACUGGUCCAAUUCUUUAUAUUGGUUCAUUAGAUCAAGCUAUUCAAGAUUCUCUAUUUACGUCUAGAAAUGAGAGACGUCCAUUAGCUAUUUAUCUUCAUAAUGAUCGAUCAGUUUGCGCUAAUGUCUUUUGUGCUCAAGUAUUAGCUAGUGAAACGACUGUUGAAUAUUUAGCAAGUAAUUAUGUUGUAUGGGCUUGGGAUAUAACAACAGAUGCCAACCGAACAAGAUUAUUAGAAACAUUUAAACGAUGUAUAGGUCCUCAAUAUGCUCAACGCAUAGCUGUUAUGGAAAAAGAUGCAUUUCCACUUAUACUUAUUCUUAUACGUUCUCGUGGUUCAUUAGAAUUAAUAAGUGUUAUUGAAGGUAAAAGUACACCAAGUGAAGUUUUACUGAAUCUUAUACAAUCACAUGAUUUAUAUGAACAACAACGACAACGUGAUGUUGAAGAAGAAAUAUCACGUGAAAAACGUGAAAAUCUUAAAAAACAACAAGAAGAUGAAUAUAAUCGAUCACUUGAAGCUGAUUUAGCUAAAGAACGAGCACGAGUAGCUGAUGAACGAAGACAAAAAGAAGAACAUGAUGCUAAUGAACGAUUAAAACAAAAACAAUUACAACAACAACAAGAAUGCAGAGCUCGUCUACCUGAAGAACCAAGUGAAACAGAAAAAGAUAUUACUCGAUUAAAAAUUCGUUUACCAAAUAAUGAGGGCAUUUUAAUGAGACGUUUUCGUAUUAAUGAUACUCUUCAAAUUCUUUUUGAUUAUUUAACAAGUCAAGGUCGUAUGUUUGGUGAUUACAAACUUUUAUCAACAUAUCCAAAACGUGAUUUGACACAGCUCAAUCGAUUAGAUACAUUUGAACAGUUAAAAUUAUAUCCACAAGAACAACUCAUUCUUGAAAAUUUAUAG